CUCCUUCCCCUCUUCUCUCCGUCCUUUCCCUCUUCUCUCCCUCCUUUCCUUCUUCUCUCCCUCCUUUCCCUCUUCUCUCCCUCCUUCCCUGCACAAUGAGAACUCCUCCUCCUUCAUUAUUGCCCCCUUGCACAUAACACAUUUGCAGCUUUCUUCCUCCCUCCCCAGUCUUGUGGAGACGCUGGGAGGCCUGCACUAGCUCCAGCAUUGCCUUUCUACCCACAUGCACAGUGCUGUAGAGCAAUCACAGCUGGCAUGGCGUUAUAUACCCUGACCGGUGCCAUACUCUCCCUGCAGAUCGGAGAUCUCUGGCAAUGGGCUGCCUGGCUUGGUCUCCUGUAUUUGUUGUUUAAAGUCUCUAAGCUGUAUCUAAUCUGGAGGGAUAUGGUUACAACAUUCAGACCAUUUCCAAGUCCCCUGUGUCACUGGCUGUAUGGCAAUGCUCGAGAGUUUCUGCAGAUUGGAAAGGAACUGGAUCUCGUUUACCAGUGGGCGCAGUCCUACACGUACGGCUUUCCUCUGUGGCUCGGGAAUUUUUUUGCAUGUCUUAUAAUUACUCACCCAGAUUACGCAAAAGCAGUUUUGGCCAGACAAGACCCCAAGGAUGAUUUAGCGUAUAGAUUCAUAAUCCCCUGGAUUGGAGAGGGAUUGUUGGUCUCUGCUGGUCAGAAGUGGUUCCAGCAUCGUCGUCUGCUAACGCCAGCCUUUCAUUAUGAUGUCCUAAAGCCGUAUGUGUCUGUAAUGUCUGACUGCACCAAGAUAAUGUUGGACAAAUGGGAGCAAGUGGUGCCAGAUAAGAACCCUCUAGAGCUUUUCCAUUAUGUCAGCCUCAUGACCCUGGACACCAUCAUGAAAUGUGCCUUCAGCUACCAGAGCAAUGUACAGACAGACAGUGAAAAUGCCUACAUCAAAGCUGUGUACGAGCUCUCGCACCUGGUAGAUCACAGGUUUCGUCACUUCAUUUAUCAUAAUGACCUCAUCUACAACCUGAGCCCAUAUGGAUUUCGCUUCCGGAGAGCACUAAAAGUAGCACAUGAACAUACAGAUAAAGUCAUUAAUCAGCGGAAAACGUUGCUUAACAGCGAGAAACAAUUGGACAAAAUCAGUGAAAGGAGACAUUUGGAUUUUCUUGACGUCCUUCUGUGUGCGAAGGAUGAGAAUGGUCAUGGUCUCUCGGAUAAGGACCUGCGGGCAGAGGUGGACACCUUCAUGUUUGAGGGACAUGAUACAACGGCCAGUGGGAUCUCAUGGAUAUUAUAUGCCUUGGCAAAACACCCUGAGCACCAGGAGAGGUGUCGAGAAGAGAUCAAAGAGGUCCUAGGAGAUCGGGACACAGUGGAGUGGGAAGACCUGGGAAAGAUCUCCUAUACUACCAUGUGCAUUAAAGAGAGCCUGCGGGUUUAUCCACCAGUUCCUGGAGUUGCACGGAAACUCAGCAAACCGAUCACGUUCUGUGAUGGACGGAGUCUUCCUGAAGGAGCGAGGAUUAUCCUGAGCAUUUACUGCAUAAACAGAUCGCCAUAUUUCUGGAAAGACCCAGAGGUGUUUGACCCACUGCGGUUUUCUGUGGAGAAUUCAGCAGGCAGACACCCCCAUGCCUUUCUUCCUUUCGCAGCUGGUUUUAGAAAUUGCAUUGGACAGAACUUUGCAAUGAAUGAGAUGAAGGUGGCCGUGGCUCUUAUAUUACAGAGAUUUCAACUGAUACUAGACCCCGAAAAUGAACCCCAGAAAGUUUGUCAGAUAGUUCUGAGAUCUAUGAAUGGAAUUCAUCUGAAUCUGAAGAAGAUUGAGAAUGGGACACUCAAAGCUGAGAGCAUGUAGGAUUCCUCGUCCAGAAGCUGGAUGGAAGGAGUGAUCGGGGCCAGGUAGCAAAAUGAAAUCCUGAGCCGUUCUUUAGGGCAAUGACCUUCAACUGGCUGUCAUGGCAUACUAGGAAUUGUAGCUUUGCAACACCUGGAGAGCCACACCUA